AUGUCUCGUUCAGAUGGCUCUGAAUGGUUAGAUAAUGAACUAGAAAAUGGAAAUAUAACCUUCUAUAAAUUUUCAUUGUUUAAGAACAUUAAACUUAUUGGACAAGGAGGAUUUGGAUUUGUUAGUUCGGCUGACUACGAUGAGGAAAAUGUAGCAUUGAAAAAACUUAAAUCUGAAGAAGCGGCCAAAGAAACUACUAAAGAAGCGACUAAAAAAUUUGUUAACGAAGUAAUAUAUUAUUAG